UCAGGUGAUCUGCCUGCCUUGGCCUCCCAAAGUACUGAGAUUACAGGCAUGAGCCACUGCACCAGGCCGGAUAGUAUGAUUAUCUUAAAAUGGCUGUAGACACAACAGUUAUUUGGGGGCACUGAUGUGCUGCCACUUACAAGGGUAUCUAUAUUAUCCCCUAAAGAGAUGUGUAUCUGUAAGAUAGAGGGACAGUAAAUCUAUCAUGCUAUGUUGUUCAUUAUUAUAUUAGCAUGUAAGAAAUCCUGUAUUACCAAACAUUCUAUUGAAUAAAAUUCUACAAACCAGCAUAUCCAUAUAUCUAUCUUACAAUAAUCAUUAGUGGACACAAUAGUAGCACAGGGAGGGACCGUAUCCUUGAAAAAAGUGUAAAGUUAGAAAUUGCUUAUUUAAAGAUUGGGGAAGAGAACUGCCUAGGAAUAGGAAGAAAUAUUAUUGGGUGUUUUUUGAGGGCCCUGUUGAGGUUGGAGAUAAUGAAUAUGUAGAUCAAAUUGGGAAGAUGAGUAUGACAUGCAGAGGUAUAAAGCAAUGAUAGUAUUGUUUAUACAUUAGAAGGCUUAUAUGUCAGAUUGAACUUGAGGUGUUUGGGGGCAAUCCGUUGGCGUGGAGGGUUAUGUCUUAAGGAAUAAUGACUGAUUGUCCAAAUGGGGAAAACUGCAAUAAUCCAAAGGCAUUUCUGGCCUUUCUGUUUGAACACCAAUCUGAAAUUAAGACUAUUUAGAAUAUAUCUAGAGCGUUCUUUCACUAUUCAGUUCACUCUAUUGGAGUAGCUGAUUUGUGUACCCCACUUCUAAACCAGAAUCAGGUAACCGGUAACUAGUUAGUCUUUGAGAAACUCAGUUCUAAUUAACUGCUUGAUUAGUAUUUAUAUCAUGCUUUCAAAGUUAGGACUAAUCCUUGAAAAGCCCAAGGAUAUUUAGCUACAUCAUUCAUGCAUUUUUUUAUGGUUCCAGUGAAUAGUUGGUAUAUUGUAAGGUUUUCUUGGCUCAGACUUGAUACAUCACUUCUUGAGUAUAAGACAGUCUAUGGGUUUUAGAGUAGCAGUGACCACCAGAACAUUUGAGGUUGUGUUGGAGAGUGCAGUGGAUAUUUUCUCACUUAAAAAGGUAGAAAUUCAUUCUGGUGAAUCAAACAUUCUAAGUGAGCUAUCGCAUAUGCAGGACCAAUUUGUUAAGAGAGCAGAUGAAAUUCAGUGAAAUACACUUAAGAGUGAAAGAAUUUUAAAUUUGUUAGUCAGUCCUUCCUAGUCCCAAAGUUCACCUGUGUGUUUCAGUGCCUCAGUGUUGUCCUUAUGAGUAUUAACUAUCACUCUGCUAUAGAUGUGUGAACAUCCUGGUGUGGGCAGUGUUUUAGAUAGUCAAGUGCUUGAUAACAGCAAACUUGCUCUACGCAGAAGCACUGAGGAAGUAAAUGGUCCUUGUGGUCUGACCAAGUUAAUGUGCGUACCAUUUCUCACAUUCCACCAGGGAGUCUCUUAGGCAAGGGAAAGAUACUGUGAGUAGAUUUUAACAAACUAUUUUCCUGUCUUUUAGACUUCUGUAUAAUUUGGUGAAUGUGCUUGUCUUGUUUUCCUUGAAAAAUAUCUAUCAGACCGUCUGUGUAUGUGCAUGCACAGAAUGGUUGGAGGUUGAUCCUACAACUCGAUAAAUGCUGCAUUCUGAUUUUUGUUCUAAUUUGACUUUGGAGAAAUAACUUUUAUCUCCACUUCCCAUCUCUGAAAUCACAUCUAUCUCACUAAUCUCUCACUAAAGAGUAAAUAUGUAAUAAAAUGUGAACAGUGAAUGGAAGACAUUGUGUUUACUAUUACUCAUGGCUUCCUUGCGCUGCUUCACUUCUUUCUUGUAAAACAAAAUAUUCCUUCAGGUUCUUUAACUCUACAUUCUGGGAAAAGAGGAGAUUUGCAGUCUGGCAAACUCUUUUUGUUAUCUUGGGCGUCAUUGGAUAAAUUAGCCUCUCUGAGGAUCAGUUUCUUGUGUAUAAAAUGAGGUUAACAAUUCAUAGCAUUAUGAAGAUUAAAAGUAUAGUAAUGCCUAGCACAGUAUUUGGACUAUAGCAUAUGAUCAAUGGAUUUUAGGGCUUUUCUCUAACACCUUCUUACCAGGUAUCUUGAUACUUUCAAUUAGUGUCAUUUCGGAGGAAGUCUUGGGGCUUGGAAAAGAAAGAGAAUAGUUAAAAAUAACUCAUGGGGGAAGGGAGAAGGAGAAUUAACAUGUAUUAAGCAACCACUAUGGAGCCAGAAUUUAUCAAAUGUUUUUAUAAUACGUAUCACUAAUUUUUCAAAAUAAUCUCAUAGGAAAAUUUCAAUUCAGAGAAGUUGAGCAACUUGCCUAUGAUGAUAGUUAAUUACUGACGGAAGUAAGGUUGGAAUCUUGUUCUGUUUAACUACAAACCUCAUAUGCCUUUCAGUGUUUCAUAUAUUUCACGCUUUGGUGAAUGUGGUGGACAUCGUGAUUCACUGCCUAGAUGUCCCUUUAGUAAUAAAGGACUCAUUCCUCUAGAUGCUAGGAGUUCUGUUGACAGUCAGCCGUUAAUCAUUUGUCCUCUCUAUGUAUUGCCUGGCCUGAGGAGAGCUAGAGCUGCCUUGCUCAAAGUCGUGCCCCAUUCCCAUGACUAAUCAGCGUGGGAUAAGAAAGCUAGGCCUUCUCACUUUAACUUAGGCAACUCUGAGAUCAGAGCUCUAUGUAGGGUCAGCUGAGGCUUUCAUUGAGUCUUCAUCAUAGUCUGACUUCUCCUUGUGCCCAAUUCUGCUUUCUUCUCUACCCUUUCACGGUUGUUGAUGCCAAGAGCACUCCCUAAUAAGUUUCCUGCAUGCUAAUCUCCCUCUUAGAGUCUGCUUCCUGGAGAAUCCAACUCGUGAUGCCUCAGACGAUACAGCAAACUCUCAAGAGGACACUGCAGUAUUAUGAACAUCAAGUUAUUGGUUACAGGGAUGCAGAAAAGAAUUUCCACAAUAUCUCUAACAGAUGCUCCUAUGCAGAACACUCCAACAAAGAAGAAAUCGAAGAUGUCUCAGGAAUUCUUCAGUGUACUGCUAAUAUACUCGGUUUGAAGUUUGAGGAAAUUCAAGAAAGAUUUGGUGAAGAGUUCUUUAAUAUAUGCUUUCAUGAGAAUGAGAGAGUCCUUCGAGCUGUAGGUGGCACUUUGCAGGACUUUUUUAACGGCUUUGAUGCUUUAUUGGAACACAUUAGAACUUCUUUUGGAAAACAGGCCACUCUGGAGUCACCAUCUUUCCUAUGCAAAGAGCUUCCUGAAGGCACUCUCAUGCUCCACUACUUCCACCCUCACCAUAUUGUGGGGUUUGCAAUGCUGGGGAUGAUUAAGGCUGCAGGAAAGAAGAUCUAUCGGCUGGAUGUGGAAGUGGAACAGGUUGCAAAUGAGAAGCUAUGCUCUGAUGUUUCAAACCCAGGCAAUUGUAGCUGUCUUACUUUCCUUAUCAAAGAAUGUGAAAAUACUAAUAUCACGAAGAACCUUCCACAGGGAACCUCCCAAGUUCCUGCGGACCUCAGAAUUAGCAUCAACACCUUCUGCAGAGCCUUCCCUUUCCACUUGAUGUUUGAUCCCAGCAUGUCAGUCCUUCAGCUGGGGGAAGGUCUAAGGAAGCAGCUUCGAUGUGACACUCACAAAGUGCUCAAGUUUGAGGACUGCUUCGAGAUUGUAUCUCCAAAGGUUAAUGCCACCUUCGAAAGGGUCCUACUGCGACUGUCUACCCCGUUUGUGAUUAGAACCAAGCCUGAGGCUUCUGGCUCUGAAAAUAAAGACAAGGUGAUGGAAGUCAAAGGACAAAUGAUCCAUGUUCCAGAAUCAAAUUCCAUUUUAUUUUUGGGCUCUCCAUGUGUGGACAAGUUGGAUGAACUCAUGGGCCGAGGGCUACAUCUCUCAGACAUCCCUAUCCAUGAUGCCACCCGAGAUGUCAUUUUGGUUGGUGAGCAGGCAAAGGCCCAAGAUGGCUUGAAGAAAAGGAUGGAUAAAUUAAAGGCAACUUUAGAAAGAACUCACCAGGCCCUGGAAGAAGAGAAAAAGAAGACAGUGGAUCUUCUAUAUUCUAUUUUCCCUGGCGAUGUAGCCCAGCAAUUGUGGCAAGGGCAGCAAGUACAGGCCAGAAAGUUUGAUGAUGUCACCAUGCUCUUUUCAGACAUUGUUGGCUUCACAGCCAUAUGUGCCCAGUGUACUCCCAUGCAAGUAAUCAGCAUGCUGAAUGAACUGUACACCAGAUUUGACCACCAGUGUGGAUUUUUGGAUAUUUAUAAGGUGGAAACAAUAGGUGAUGCCUACUGUGUUGCAGCAGGGCUCCACAGAAAAAGCCUCUGCCAUGCUAAACCCAUUGCUCUGAUGGCCUUGAAGAUGAUGGAACUUUCAGAAGAGGUGCUGACACCUGAUGGAAGACCGAUUCAGAUGAGGAUAGGAAUUCACUCGGGCUCCGUGCUGGCUGGAGUUGUUGGGGUGCGAAUGCCACGUUAUUGCCUGUUUGGAAAUAAUGUCACGCUGGCAAGCAAAUUCGAGUCGGGAAGUCACCCUCGGCGCAUCAAUGUCAGCCCAACCACUUACCAAUUAUUAAAACGGGAAGAAAGUUUCAUAUUCAUUCCGCGGUCUCGUGAAGAGCUUCCAGACAACUUUCCAAAGGAAAUUCCUGGGAUCUGCUAUUUCCUGGAGGUAAGGACUGGUCCAAAGCCACCAAAGCCUUCUCUUUCUUCGUCGAGAAUAAAAAAGGUUUCCUACAACAUUGGCACCAUGUUCCUCCGGGAGACAAGCCUCUGAGACCUGCUACAGAACAAAGACUCCUCCAAAAAAGCACAAGCCCAGAACAUGGGUCACCAGAGCGGGGGUGGAAAGAGAUUGUGUCUCUUUCAUUGCUUUGUUGAGAACAAGCAGCAAAAUUUCUGUAUUAUGUCAGGCAAUAAUCCUACUAAAAGGUGGAGGUGACCGCUGUCAAUAAAAAGCCGGAGGAUGAGGGAAAUAAGAUGUGUCCAUUCAUAUGAGUGUUUUUGGUCAUAUAUAUAUACAUAUAUUUUAAUUACAAGUGUGGGUCCUCUUUCAGAACUAACCAAUAAAUAGAUUCCAUGUUUUCUUGUUUAUCACACAUACAAGUAUCUUUCCCUAUAUAUUUGUACCACUUUUGGGAGCCAGUUUUGAUUAUAUAUUCCUACAUUUAGUGAGUUGGUGGGUGAGGAAUAUUUUCUAAGUUUCUUUUUCUGAACAGACAUUUCAUACAUGUAUCAUGGCAGUGUGGUAAACUUCCCGACUGGAAGAAUUGUAACUCGGCAAAAUAUUUUAGGGAUAUUACCUAUUUUUAUACAUAUCUCUUCUAGAUAACUACAUUUCACACAUUAUUAGAUUUUCAGAAUCUGCUUCUGUAUUGUUAGUAUAUUAUAUAAUACUAACCUAUUAAUCUAACAUAGUUUCCCUUAUUUAGAGAAAUCAGUGCUUGGACUGAGAAUACAUAUAACCAAGGAUUUCAGAUACCAAGAAAGCAUUCUAUGUCUGCUUAGUAAAUAUAUCUUAGAUUUAAUUAAUGUAGCAUGGAAUCCAGAGGAAAUGGAAUUUCCAAAUACCAGAUAUAUCUGUAACCAAGAUUGAAGAAAGGUCUCUUUGCCACCUUCUAACAAAUAUCAGUUAAAAUGAGAUGCUUUGCUACACUGGACCCUUUUCAACUUAGCACUUAUAUAGGUAGCUUUUGCAGCACUAAACUGUAUUCUAAUAAACAGCAUUCAACUAAAUGACAUGUUAGUUACCCCCUUCCUUUUCCCCAGUUGAUGCCUCCUAAGAGCCGAAUGCUAUUCUUGAGAGCAAAUUCCUGGAUACUGGCAUUAGUGACAAAGAAGUUUCAGGACAUUUUGCCAAGAAUGUUGUUUCUUCUUGUACAACACAAAGCAAGGAAACCUCUGUAUUUUAUGGCUUUGAGGUUUUAAAAAAAAAUGUUCUGCAGUUUGAUUGAUACGGCUUUUAAAUUCAGUGAAUCACUUUCAUGAAUACUGAAGUAGCUAUAAUCUUCAGAACUAGUAAUCAUUAUAGUUACAGAUAGGAUUCCAUUGCAUGUCCUGCUCAAAUUAAGACCUGUUCUCAUUAAUCAAUACUGCAUGAAAAUAUUACUGGCUCACACUAAAAUUAGGAGCAUCAUGUGUCCAGAGUUUUCCUGUUUGGGAUCAAAUAUAAAAUCUAAGUUUCUAUUGACGUUAAUAAACUGGAAGCAUUUGUUUCCUUGAAACCUUGGAGAGGUCAUUUUCCUACUCAUUGAUAACUUACGUCUAACUGAAUGCAAUAUUCUUUUCUGUUCAGGGAUUUUGGUGCAUUAUGGUUUGGUUAUGACAUAACUCAGUUAAGGAAUAUAUUUACUAAUUUCCAAUGUCGUCUAUGAGGCUUAUUUAAUGUUUUUAAAUUUUCUAUUUGUGUGGCUAGAAGGCAUUUGUAGAUAUGCAAAUAUUUGUUAUAAUCAUGAUCCCUUUUAUAAUUUGAGUUAUUUUCUUGCCCUGGGGGUUUAUAAGGGCACGAGUACAACUCUUUAUGUGGAGAAGACAGGAAGUAGACCUUGAACUCUAAACCUUUGCCUGAUCCCCUCUUCUGUGGGCCUGUAUCUCUGGACAAUGAGGAGGUUUACAGUCAGUAUGAGCAGAGCAGGCUGGGUGCACCUCAGUCCUCAUGCUUAUAUUAGAAAAUGCCUUAGCAAUGUUGAUGGGCUCCUUGUAGCACUGGAGCAUGGGGAGAGAACAAGCUCACUGAUAUCGUUUAUUAUGUCUUCAGUAACUUAGAACUUAUUAUGGUAUAUUAAAUCAAUAAACAUGUUGGUGAUGAACAAUGAGUUUUGUAACCAUAAGGCUGAAAGGGACUUCCAGGAAUAUCCAAUCUAUUUCUCUCACUUUUUGUAAAGAUUUGUCUAAGCAACUACAAACACAUAUUUAUUCUCUCCAUACUUAAGAAUAUCUAUGGGAAGCAUAUUUGAAAAGCAUCACUGGAAAUCCACCUCAUUACUAGUGAUAGGCCUGGAGAGAAGUAUUGUAUUUAUGUGUCUCAAUUUGUCAGAAGAAUCACAAAUUCUGUAUUAGUUUAUAUGAUUUUACUUAGAGAAUAAGUAUCCAUUUACAUUGCCAUAAAUGUCACGAUGAAGAACGUGCCAGAGAUUUCUUAUCUGUCACCGACAGGAUGUCAACUACAUUUUUCAUAUGUUAUCAUCUAAGUGUAUAUUCAAAGCUAUAGUCUGAGAUAAUGGUCCAAUCUGUUAUCAUUUUGCUAAUCUAUUAUAGUUGAUUAUUGUAGUUACAAUGUUUCUAUGUGUUUGUGAAGUACUAUAUAAAAUGUCUGUUCAUUCAAACUUCAAUCACAGAAGUUAGAAGAUGGAGAAAGAAUUAUAUUUUUAUUUGUCCUACACAAUGCCAUCUACAUCUCUUCUCUUAGGAACUGUGAUUGUAACAAUGUGGUGGCAUUUGUUAUUUCAUAUGACUUAUCUAUAUUCUCACUUACUUACAAACUAUUACCAACAGCAUGCAUUUUAGUAUGGCAGAUAAAAGAAAUUUAUGUGAUAUUUCCUUAGAAACCAAAUGAUAUUAAAUUGGGGAAAUGGUUUUAACCCACUCUACAUGGGAUACUUUAAAAUAUAAUUUGGCACCUAUAGCUCUUGCAUUUUAAUGUUCUUUUAAGCUGCUAUUUGGAAGAAGGCAACUUAUAACUGGCCAUAAGCACCAAAGCAUCAAUCACAUUGGUAUCAGGAUUAUGUUGAUGGAGAGAAUGUCAUCAUUUGCAAAUAAAUCAGUUAUCUAACAAAAUCAGAAUCCCCCAAUAUGUACUCAGAAUGUACUACCCUGUAUCUUCUUUGUGGACCUUAAUAAUUAGGUAUCAUUGACCAUAAUAAAAAAUAAUAAUAUGCCUCAGAAA